AUGCCAGGAGGGAAGAAGGUGAUAGGGGGCAGUGCUGCCCCCACCGCUGCCCCCGCUGCCUCCCCUGGGGCCAGGCGGUUGGAGACCAGGGAAGGGGCAUCAGCCCAGAGAGAGGAUGAGCCAGAGGAGGAAGGGGAAGAGGACCUGCGAGAUGGAGGCGUCCCCUUCUAUGUCAACCGGGGUGGACUGCCUGUGGACGAGGCCACCUGGGAAAGGAUGUGGAAGCACGUGGCCAAGAUCCAUCCGGAUGGAGAAAAGGUGGCCCAGCGGAUCCGUGGGGCCAUGGACCUGCCCAAGAUUCCGAUACCGACUGUGCCUGCGUUCCCGCCCUCCACGCCGGUCCCUGAGCGCCUGGAAGCCGUGCAGCGCUACAUCAGGGAGCUGCAGUACAAUCACACAGGGACCCAGUUCUUUGAAAUCAAGAAGAGCAGACCCCUCACCGGGCUGAUGGACCUGGCCAAGGAAAUGACCAAAGAGGCUCUGCCAAUCAAAUGCCUGGAAGCCGUGAUCCUGGGAAUUUACCUCACCAACAGCAUGCCCACCCUGGAACGCUUCCCCAUCAGCUUCAAGAGCUACUUCUCAGGGAACUACUUCCGCCACAUUGUGCUGGGGGUGAACUUCGGGGGCCGCUACGGGGCCCUGGGCAUGAGCCGGCGCGAGGACCUGAUGUACAAGCCGCCCGCCUUCCGCACGCUCAGCGACCUCGUUCUGGACUACGAGGCCGCCUACGGCCGCUGCUGGCACGUGCUCAAGAAGGUGAAGCUGGGCCAGUGCGUGUCCCACGACCCGCACAGCGUGGAGCAGAUCGAGUGGAAGCACUCGGUCCUGGACGUGGACAGGCUGGGCCGCGAGGACUUCCGCAAGGAGCUGGAGCGGCACGCCCGCGACAUGCGGCUCAAGAUCAGCAAAGGGACUGGCCCUCCCUCCCCAACCAAGGACCGGAAGAAGGACGUGUCCUCCCCACAGCGGGGCCAGUCCAGCCCCCACCGCAGGAACAGCCGCAGCGAAAGGCGGCCUUCGGGUGAGAAGAAGCCUUCCGAGCCCAAAGCCAUGCCAGACCUCAAUGGGUACCAGAUCCGGGUGUGA